CAAACGUAGCGCUAGUUUUACGUCCAUUGCCACAGCAACCGAAGGCGCCAGAAUUUACUACAGCCUGAGCUUGAUGAUUUUGGAGGAAAAGGGAAGGUUGUUUACAAAUAUUACAGAACAGAGACAAGAACUCUCAGUAUCUCAGCUUGGCUUGUGUCUUGUGGUCUUUCCAGCUGCUACCGCUUGGCCCGGGGUGUCUUGAAUUUGUAGGUGAACGAUGGUCAGAAUUACAGAAGAUCUGAUUCGGAAAAGGGCAGAACACAAUGAAUGUGAGAUAUAUUCUCUGGAAGAAAUCUCUCUCCAUCAACAAGGGGUAGAAAGGAUAGAACACCUGGAUAGAUGGUGCAGAGACCUGAAGAUUCUUUACUUGCAGAACAAUGUCAUUCCAAAGAUAGAAAAUGUUGGAAGAUUGAAGAAAUUGGAGUAUCUGAACCUUGCCCUCAACAAUGUGGAAAGAAUAGAGAACCUAGAAGGCUGUGAGUCUCUGAAAAAGCUGGACUUGACUGUGAAUUUUGUGGGUGAGCUGACCAGUGUGGAACACCUCCAACAGAACCAAUUCCUGCAGGAGCUGUAUCUGACAGGGAACCCCUGCACGGACUAUGAUGGUUACAGGCAGUAUGUCGUUACCACCCUCCCACAACUUAAGACAUUAGAUGGAAAAAUUAUCCAGAAAACUGAAAGGAUCCUGGCAAGACAGGAAUAUGAAGAAGUGAGGAAAAGGAUAAUAGAACAGCAGAAGGAAUACAUCCAGAAAAGGCUGAAAGAAAAAGAGGAAUCUGAGAGGAAAGCAGAGGCCCAGGAGGCCAGGACGGGUGCACAACCUGGGUUUGAUGGAAGGUGGUAUACUGACAUCAACACUCACCAGUCUGACAGUAACACUAAAGAUGGGGAGGGGGGCAAGGAAGAGAAAGAAGAUGAGGAGUUCUGGAAACAACAAGUUGGUUACACACCUGAAUCUCGCCUGGAAAUCCAGAAGAAAAUAGAAGAGCAGAAUCGGAAGAAGGAGGGGGUUGAGGAUGAUCAACCUAAGAGGCAGAGAAAUCUGUUUGCAGAGGAUGGCAGACCCUAUAAUGUCAAUGAAGCCAAGGUGGACUUUAACUUGACAGAGAAUGAAGAUGACAACACUCUGCAGUUGGAUGUUGCAGUGUUCAGGUACAUGGACACAUCCCUCAUGGAUGUGGAUGUCCAGCCUACAUAUGUCAGAGUCACCAUCAAGGGAAAGAUCUUACAGUUGCAUUUACCAGAGGAAGUCAGACCUGACUCAUGCAAGGCUGUUCGUUCGCAGACAACUGGAAAUCUCCUCAUCACAAUGCCCAAGGCAACCCAGGUGGUGAAACCCCUUAAGGUCAAACAAGACAAGGAUAAAAAAACCAGCAAGCCUGCUGAGCCCCCCACAGGGAAAGCAAGGCAAGCCUUUGAAAGACUGGAGGUGGACCCUUCAAAGAGUAAAGGUGUAGACUUUGCCGCUAUCACAGCAGAAAAACACAGACCAACAGCACAGCCCUUCGGGACUGUCACAUCCCGGCCUGUGGAAAGACCAAACAGCGAGGACUUUGUGGACAAUCUUGAUGUUCCUCCGUUGGUGUAACCCAAGGUGUUGCUUCCAUUUCUUCCUCUUUGUUGUCCAAGUGCUGAAAAUAUUCUCAUUAUGUGUUGCUACUUAGCUCAUUUUGAGGUUCACAGCCAUGUCCUUCAUGUUGACACUUCCCAUGGGCAUCUCGCUAAUGAUGGCAAUUACCUCCCUUUGCUACAUAAAAUGGAAGGAUAUUCUGCUUCAGGGUCAGAAAGCAGCCAGGCAACUAAUGGACACUGCACCACUAUCUGUUAAAUCAGAGGAAAAGUCCUAUGUUAAGUUCUCCAGGCUACAACUGACCUUACCAAUCUUUUGUAUCUUAAUCCCUUCAGUGAACACGGAAUGUCCUUGUCUGGAACCUUAUGUCAACAGACUUCUGCAAAGGCUGCACUCCAGCCAUGAUUUCAGCGAUAGCAACUGUCUGGAAAUUCUCAAGACCACUUAUACCCAACAAAACUAUAUGUUAUCGUGAGUCUUUAUCUGGGAAAUGGCCAUUGGAGAAACCAUUGUGAUCCCCUUGGCUGGCUAAUAUUGAGUGUACAGAGAGAUGGAUGCUGAUGUUAGAACAGAUAUGGAGGAGAAACCAAUAAAAGUUAAUGUAUGGGUGCCUGGGGUCGUACAUCGAUGAGGUUUUUUUCCUGAAAUGAUCCUUCUGAUAGGUCAUGUUGGGAAUACUCCAUGCCAUCAGCAUGUUAUAUUGUCCAUCAAGCAAAGUGAUGAGAUUGCCUUACAAUCAGUCUGAAAAGGAGUGCAUGGAAGAAGUUAGCAGGAGUUUUGAAACAAUCAGACACAGACAUGGCUGUAUGACCCAAGAGAAUUUAAUAUCAGCAGAACUGAAGUUCAAUGAUUGUAACAAUUGGAACAAUAAUCAAACUGAUCCCUGUAUACAUUACAUUGUAAUAGUGUGCAGAAUACAUUUGAGAAUAUGGGGGUUGCAUGCCAGAUGCCUUCAUUUCCCAUAUUGACCAGCUGUACAUUUAGUUGUCACAUUCAUUUCAUACUCAGUCAUAUUCCUGUGUAUUCUAUCUGUGAAUGCAAAUGUAGGAAUAGAUAAAACAUUAAAAAGAU